GGGUGGUGUCUAGUGAAGCGUUAGACACGCUUUUGUACUCCUUGAUCAAACUCCUUUCUCUUUAAUUCUCUGAUUCAAUGCUCCGUUCUCUCCGAUCACGUCGCCGCCCCCGUUAUGGCGCACACGUCUGCGCAGUGAUUUCCGCUCUUCUCCUCCUCCUCUCUGUUUCUCUCCUCCACACUCGCCUCUCUUCCUCUCACAGCCAGAGCCGCUACCAUCACCACCAUCACCUUGCCCACUCACGAGACGACCCGGAUUCGGCCACCGUUAUCCGACAGAAUGCCCUUCUCUCUGACUCCGAUGACAACUCAAUAGAUGACGUAGUCGAUAGGAUCGACGAGCUUGACACAUUCGACGAGCAAAAAGGCACCACUGAUUUUAGAAAUGACGAUGAUGAGUCACUGGAAGGAGAUUUAGAAAAUGGGCAAGGCCUGAUCAAGAAAACGAGUCCUCCUUCUGGAUAUUAUGUAGACCAUAUUACUGGAUCGAUUCGUAGAGCUCUUAAUAAACGCUCAAUUGAAGAGUGGGAUUAUGAUCACAAUUCUUUUAGUUUAGGAUUGGGCGUGGAAGAUCAAAGUAAGUCCGCGUUCGGGAGUGAUGAUAUUCCUAUAGAUGAGGAUGUGAGGAGGAAAUUGAAUGAGGUUGAUGGGGUUGAGGAUGCCUUAUUGUUAAAGAUUGGGAAAAGGGUUUCGCCGUUAAGAGAAGGGUGGGGAGACUGGUUUGAUAAGAAAAGCGAUUUCUUGAGGAGGGAUAGGAUGUUCAAGUCGAAUUUGGAAAUGUUGAAUCCUUUGAAUCAUCCUCUUUUGCAGGAUCCUGAUGUGGUUGGAGUUACUGGGUUGACAAGAGGGGAUAAGGCAGUGCAGAAGCUGUUAUUCAAUGAUUUCAAGAAAGCCCCAUUUCUUGUUAAGAAGCCCUUGAGCGUUUUGGGGAUGACCCAUGAGAAGCAAGUAGAAGAAAAUGGCAGAGAAAAAGAGAGUGGAAGAGAUUUCGGAAGUCAGGUUGGGAUCAAGACAGCAGAAAGGAGGAUUUUUAACGAGAAUGUGAGUGGUGGAUCAUAUGGUAGGAUAGUAAAUAAAGUUGACGAGAAUCUGAUUUCUGGUGGAAAUGGGAAUAUAUUGAAUGAAUAUGAAAGGAGUUAUGUGAUUCUUGGUGAUAAUUCAAGAAGAAAUGGAUCAUCUACUAAGAGUAUUGCAGAUGCUGUUACAAAUGUGAAUUUCUCAAAUGAGAGUAUUAGCGGUGUUGAACUAAAUCAAGUGGGUGGUAUCGAGAAUAAGGAAUCAGUUGUGCAGCAGAGGAAGCCGGAGGAGUUGAGUUACGUGUUUCCAGAUGGGAAAAGAUGGGGUUACUUUCCUGGUUUGCAUCCUCAUUUGUCAUUUUCAGAUUUCAUGGAUUCUUUUUUUAGGAAAGGGAAGUGUGAAAUGAGGGUGUUCAUGGUGUGGAAUUCACCGCCUUGGAUGUAUACCGUUAGGCACCAGAGGGGACUCGAAAGUCUGCUGUUGCACCACAGAGAUGCCUGUGUUGUUGUGCUAUCUGAGACAAUUGAACUGGACUUUUUUAUGGGUAGCUUUGUGAAAGAUGGUUACAAAGUUGCUGUUGCCAUGCCAAAUCUUGAUGAAUUGCUUAAGGAUACACCAACUGCUGUAUUUGCUGAUGUUUGGUCUGAGUGGAGAGAAACGAAGUUCUACCCCACACACUAUAGCGAGCUUGUCCGGCUUGCUGUUCUCUACAAAUAUGGUGGUAUCUAUCUUGAUUUUGACAUUAUAGUUCUUAAUCCAUUGUCUUCACUUAAUAAUACUGUUGGCCUGGAGGAUCAUCGUGCUGGAAGUUCUUUGAAUGGGGCUGUGAUGGCAUUCAGAAAAAACAGUCCAUUCGUAAUGGAAUGCUUGAAGGAGUUUUAUACAACAUAUGAUGAUACCCAUUUGAGAUGGAAUGGGGCUGAUCUUUUAAUGAGAGUUGCAAGAAAAUUUUUGAAUAAAGAUGAUAAGUCCAUGAAACAGUUAGAGUUGAAUGUGCAACCCUCUUAUGUUUUCUUCCCUAUUGGUUCACAGGAUAUUACAAGUUACUUCACUACACCUACAGCAGAGAAUGAGAAGGGUAGACAAGAUGCUAUUUUCAAGAAGAUAUUGAGCGAGUCAUUGACCUUUCACUUUUGGAGCAGCUUGACAUCAGCACUCAUUCCAGAACCAGGGAGCCUUGUGGCUCGGCUUAUUGACCGCACCUGUAUCCAUUGCUUUGAUAUAUUGUGAUUUUUACAGUACUUGUCGGUUCUGUAAAAAUAAUCAUCAAGUUGCUGAAAUUAAAGCAGCAAUCUGAUUAUCAAAGCACAUCAGGUUCCUGCUAGAGCUCAACAAAAUGUCCAAGAUUGAGCUUUUAUAGAUAUUGGAGCUUCAAAUUCAUGAUGGAAUUAUGAAGAAUGCCUGUUCCUGUAAGUGUACAGUUCUCUAUCCUUUUUUUUUUUUUUUU